AUGGUUGUUGAAGAGGCCUCCCGGGACUCUCCGGGUCUUCUGGUUCACGACUCAAUCUCAAGGGACACACAGCACUGUCUCCGCGCCUCACAAGCCAUUCUCAACCUCCACACUCUUCUUCUGCGCCAGUCAUCAAAAUGCCGGCGUAGAGUCACCCCGAGCUUAGACACACGUCCCAAGCCCAAGACCCAGACUAACAUCUCUGGUGCGGAUCUCACAGAUCGUUAUGCAGCAGGCCUGCGCCUGAACAAGGAAUGGGCCGCACAGACAGCCCGCGACCACCCCCAACUCUUCCCUACCCUCGCCUCAGGCCAGAAGCCACAGAUUCUCUGGAUCGGAUGUUCCGACUCUCGUUGUCCGGAAACCACCUUCUUGGGUCUCGAGCCCGGUGAUGUCUUCGUGCAUCGCAACAUCGCCAACGUCCUGCACCCCGGCGACCUCAGCUCCUCCGUCGUUAUCGAAUACGCUGUGCAAUACCUGCGCGUCAACCACGUCGUGGUGUGCGGUCACACUGCCUGCGGCGGUAUCUCAGCCGCGAUGGGUAACAAGAACCUGGGUAUUUUGGACCCAUGGCUGUUUCCGCUUCGCCAGCUGCGUGAGCGCAAUCUGAAACUUCUGCAGUCAAUGCCGGCUGGUGAGGCAGCCUCGAGACUAGCUGAGUUGAACGUUCGAGAGGGCUUAAACCUCGUCAAGCAGAAGAGUGUUGUCUUGAAUGCCAUCCGGGAGCGGGGACUCCAGGUCCAUGGCUUGAUUUAUGAUGUUGGAUCGGGUGUGCUCAGUGAGCUGGACACUGAAGAUUCGGAGGAGGUUAUUAGGGCUCGUUUGACGGCUUUUCAAACGGAGUGA